AUGAAGGAUGCCAAGCCUUAUCCAGUUGACCCAUCUUAUUCUGACCCACCAGUUGUUGAAACAGACUAUUCAACAUGGGGAAUAGUCAAAGCUGUUCAGUAUGGAAUUACAAAACGAGUCAUUGAGUUGGUGGAACCAUCAGAUCCGCAACUAGCGGGUUAUGAUGUCAACCAACUGGAUGAUGAGGAUGUCUCGCUGCUCCACUGGGCCGCUAUAAACAACCGUUUAGCCAUUGCUCGUUAUCUUCUAUCGAAAGGUGCAAUAAUAGAUAGACCAGGUGGUCAUCUUGCUGCAACCCCACUUCACUGGGCUAUUAGGCAAUCACACUUAAGCAUGGUACACUUCCUUAUGCAAAGGGGCGCUGAUCCAUCGUUUAUGGAUAAUACUGGUCUAGGAUGUUUUCAUGUUGCAAUACAGAUGGGAAAUGUCCCAAUUAUCGUUUAUUUACUUUCUCAUGGGGUCAAUGUUGAUACUCGAGAUGGCAAUGGGCUCACUCCAUUAAUGAUAGCUUGUAUGCAUGUACGAUCGGUUGAUAUUUUUCGUUUGUUAAUCUCAUAUGGUGCAAAUCUGCGAUUAACUGAUUCACAUGGCAACACUGCAGCACAUUAUUCUGUUCAGUUCGCUAAUUUCCAAGCCGUCGUACAAUUAGAUAAGGGUGGUAUUGACUGGAAUGCAUUGAAUGAUGAAAACAAAACGCCGUAUGAGGUUCGUGUAGUUCCAUGGUUAACAGAUCGUGUCAAACAAAUGGCAAAUGUACAAAGUAUAAUGAGUUCGUCGCACCGUUUCUCGCGUUUAGGCUUAUCAAUGCUACAUUAUUCACCUGUAUGGCGUCAACGAAUAACAAUUAUGCUUCCACCAUUAAUUCUUAUUACUUGCGGUCUACUUAUAAAUUGGGAUAUACAAUCUACAUUAUAUCAUUUAAAUUUUGCUGAUCAAUCGUCAAAGAUUUCAUCAUGGAUAAUAUAUUCCACGAAAUUUCUUUUAUUAAUAUUAUUAUCAUUUGCAGCACGUUUUAUUAUUGAUCGAUUCUCAGAUCAUAAGUCACAGGCUGUAAUGUUAUUCAGUUUAGCAACAAGUACAAAAUUGUUAUUAACUACAACGUAUUUAUUUCACAUUACAUUACGUACACCGAAUCAUUGGGUGUUACAUUUCUGGUUUCUAUUCUUUAUUACUGUACUAUGGACAACAUUUAUUCUAUGCUGUACAAAAAAUCCUGGCUACGUAGACGAAAUUAUUAAGAAAGAAUGUCAACAAGAUACUAUUGCUCAAUUACUUGAUGAAGUGUUGAAUAAUACAAAUGAUUUAACAUUAGCAAAUAACAAUCAAGAAGAAUCUUCGUCAUCAACAUUAUCAAUCAAUCCAUUACAACGUUUCUGUACAACUUGUUUUAUACGUAAACCGUUAAGAUCAAAGCAUUGCUCAACAUGUGAUCGAUGUGUAGCACGAUUCGACCAUCAUUGUCCAUGGAUAUAUAAUUGUGUUGGAAUGAAGAAUCAUUUUUAUUUUAUUAUAUAUUUAUUAUCGACCAGUGUUUCAUGCAACCUAUUUAUGUUGGGUAUUAUUGUUUAUUGGCAAAAUGAAUUCAGUUGUCUACCGAAUACACCACUAACAUCCGAGAAAACUGAUAUAUUUACAAUCAUUUGGUCAUAUCUAUUAUGCAAUCCAUGGAUUACAUUCUGUUUUAUAAAUGCUGCUUUUUAUUCAUUUUGGACAACAUUAUUAUUUGGUUCACAAUUUUAUCAAAUGGUAUGGUUAAAUGCAACAACAAAUGAACGUAUCAAUAUGGAUAGAUAUGUUGAAUUUAAUGUCAAUAAUAACAACAAUAAUAAUAAUGAUAAUAAUAAUAAGUUUUUAUCUAAUGAAAAGUUUCAUAAUUCUACAAAUUACAAUCGUCCAUAUGAUCAUGGUAUAUGGCGUAAUCUACUUGAUUUAAUUGGUUUACCUGGUUUUAUUAUUAAUUCAAAUAAAUCUGUUGAUUGGCGACAAAUCUAUCAAAUGGAACAAUUAAAUAAUCAAUAUCCAAUAUAUACUCCUACUACUCCUACUCUUACUACUACUACUACUAUUCAUAA